UCGCCCCCUCCCUCCGCUGCCCUCGCCGAGCAGGCCUGGGCGGCUUUCCGGAGCCUCGGGCUGGAGUGGGCGCGGGGCCGGCGGAAGGGGAAGGGGAGGCGGCCACGUUUCGGAGGCCUGAGGCGGCCCUUCCCCAGCUCCAGGACGGCCAGGUUUUCCUGCCGUGUGAUCCAUGACCCACCUGGGUAGCCCUCCUUUUCAUUGCUUUCUCUACACAACGACCCUAUCAGGAGUGCUGUUGUUCAUGUCCUGGGAUGGAGAAAUCACAUGUUUUAAAAAGAAAACAUAUACAGUGCAAUGUUACAUGGAAUUAUAUCCCUCUUUAGUUGAAACAGACAGAGUGAGAUGAAACAGACAAGGCUCCCCCGACGCUAGUGAAAAUGUCAGCUGGCCACCGAGAUCGCUGGAGGCCUUGGGACAGGGUGGCCGGGCAGACUGAGAAGGACGAGACCAGAGAGGAGUCUCCCCAGGGGGUCGGCCGGCGGCUCGGCGAGCCAGGGAAGUUUGCUUACACCGCGCUCUGUGCCAUCUCCCUGGCCUCGUUAUUUCCCGAGCAAGAGGAAACCCCGUACAGGACAGGCGUGGUGGAGGGCUUUGUGAGGUGGCUCGAGCUUUCGGACGCCGUCCUGCCGGCCAUGCUGGCCUUCGUCAGUGGCUUGGGAGGGGAAGGAACAGAGACCUUUGUCCAGAUCCUGCUGAAGGAACCCCUCCUAAAAGAAAAUCCAGCCAUCAUCACACAGGACCUUGUUUCUUUUUCUCUCAAAGAGGGUUACUACGAUGCUCGGACACGGGUGCUGAUCUCCCACGUGACCAGGCUUCUGGGAAUCCCGCUCGUGGAACUCGAGGCCUCAGAGGCAUGUCUCCUCGAAUGCCUGGAUGAAGAAAAAGAGGAAGAGUCAGAAAUGGCGGAGGCCUCGCGGAAGAAGAAAGAGAAGAGAAAGAAGCUGAAGCGCUACCUGCUGAUCGGCCUGGCCACCGUGGGUGGCGGGACGGUGAUCGGUCUGACCGGGGGCUUGGCCGCCCCGCUGGUAGCCGCAGGGGCCGCGACCGUCAUUGGGAGCGCCGGGGCGGCCGCCCUGGGCUCCACAGCCGGGAUUGCCGUCAUGGCCUCGCUCUUUGGUGCUGCAGGAGCCGGCUUGACCGGGUAUAAAAUGAAGAAGCGGGUGGGUGCCAUUGAUGAGUUUGAAUUCUUGCCUUUGACGGAUGGGAAGGACCUCCAUAUCACGAUUGCCAUCACUGGCUGGCUUUCAACUGGAAAAUACGGGAGUUUCACGGCCCCAUGGAGGACCUUGAUGCAGUCCAGAGAGCAGUACUGCUUAGCCUGGGAAUCCAAGUAUCUGAUGGAGCUGGGAAAUGCCCUCGACACACUGCUGAAUGGCUUAGUUAACAUGGUGGCCCAAGAAGCUUUGAAAUACACGGUCUUGGCGGGAAUUGUCACAGCCCUGACUUGGCCAGCUUCCCUGCUGGCCGUUGCCGGCGUGAUCGACAAUCCUUGGGGCGUGUGUCUCCACCGGUCAGCUGAAGUUGGCAAGCAGCUGGCCCAGAUACUCCUUGGCCGGCACCAGGGCAAGAGGCCAGUCACCUUGAUCGGUUUCAGCCUUGGUGCGCGGGUCAUCUAUUUCUGCCUCCAGGAAAUGGCCAAGGAAAAAGAUUGCAGAGGGAUCAUAGAAGACGUGGUCCUUUUGGGCGCACCGGUGGAAGGCGAUGCCAAACACUGGAAGCCGAUCUCCAAGGUGGUGUCCGGCCGGAUCAUCAAUGGCUACUGCAGAGGAGACUGGCUGCUGGGCUUUGUCUACCGGAUGUCCUCGGCUCAGCUCAACGUGGCUGGGCUUCAGCCGGUCGGCUUGGACGACCGCCGGAUGGUGGACGUGGAUCUUUCGUCUGUCGUGAGCGGCCACCUGGACUACAUGAAGCAGAUGGACACGAUCCUGAAGGCCGUGGGGAUCCGAACCCAGGCGUUCCCCCUGGAGGAGAGGGGCGGCCUGGUCGCUUUCAGCGCCGAUCCUGAGGAAAGCCAGGAGGUCUUGAAGGAGUUUCCCGAGGCGGGAAGAGAGGAAAGGGCAGAGGGUGGGGGCGAGAGGGAGGGCGACGCGGACCUUGGCAGGGGUGAGGAUGAUGACUGCUGGUCAUGGGAGCCCGUCGCCAGCCGCGGAAGGGACCCACCGGGUGCGGAGUCGGAGAAAACGAAAAGGCUCAGAGGCCGAGGAGGACCGAAAACCAGCUAGCCGAGAAGAGCCGUUCCUUGGGGACUCUUCGUGUUCUCUGGACCACCCCAGAAUAGGUGGACCCGGGGCCUCCUCGGCCAGCUCUCCCCCUCGGUUGCCUUGAUGAUGGUGUGAGCAAACGCAGCAGGGGGUGGCUGUGUUUGCACUGAGUCUUCCGAAAAACUUCCCACCCCCUUAAUAAUGCCGGGAAGUUGCAGUGCCACUGCUGGGAACUUGAAAAGGUCAAAGGCUCACCGCUUCCAGGAUGGGAUCAAAGCUCUGCCUUCUCCACCCCCUGUAAUCCUCCAGACGGGAGUAUAGCAUGGACUCCGCUCACCCCAAGUGUUUUCCUGUAAUGUGUGGUACACUGCAGCUGAAGGUGGAGGUUCCAUCGUCAGCCCUAAUCGCAUACCGCUUUCGACAGACCUGUCUUUGCCAUGAAUUCCCCCUUUAGACGGGCGUCACUUUUACAAUGUGGAAAUCCCUAGGUUUUGGGCUUAGGGCAGUGCACUAAGAUUGAAAGACUUUGGGAAGAGAGAGAGAGAGAGAGAGAUAGAAAACACCAAAGACUUUAACCAAAAGGGCCAAAGAACCCCACAAUUAGCUUUUAUUUACAAAUGUACAUGCUAAAAAGAAAUGGAAAAGGGGACCCAGAAACCCAGGAGUGGAUCAGGGCAGGACAAAGAUUCCAAACACCUCUUCCACACCUAGGAGUCGCUUCUUGCGUCCCUAUUACCUCUCUUUGUGAAGAGAGCCAGUAGCAAAAUUCAGGACCAAACUGGACCAUGGAAACUUGACUAUAGGGAUUUAAAGGGUAGAGCUGGAUAAAAUAAGGGUGGUAGAUUAUUGUGUGUGCACAAACACUCCAUUUUUUAAAAAAAAAAAUCUGCAAAAAUGUGCCAGACAUGAUUCUCCCCGUUUGUCACUGGAUCUCACCAAAACGAGUGCCCGUUCUCCCGACCUCCUUACAUUUAGCUUAGCCAUUAACCUCUAUUUCCAUAGAACUAAGAGGCCUCCUGGCAUGAAAUUCUUCUCUGCCCUCUUGGGGAAGAAAACCAGAGAGAGGAGGAAGGAAGGGGUGCAAUCUCCGAUUGAUUCUGACUUCCCUUUGCCAGGGGUAGGAAAAAUGGAGGCACAGGAUUCAACCCAGACAUGUUUCGUGACUCAUUUCAGCAGCUGUGAAAAUAUAGGGCAUUACGAGAACGUGCGAAGUCUGCCCAGUGGGAAAUAAAAUGACAAUUUUGA